AUGAACAAUCAUUCAAUUUCUUUCGUUUUCUUGCAAUUUUCUGUCGUUUUUAAUUUCAACGAACGAUGGACGCGUUCUCUUCGUUCUUCGAUUCUCAAUCGAGAAGCAGCUGGAAUUACGAUACCCUCAAGAAUUUCCGCCAGAUCUCUCCGAUCGUUCAGACUCAUCUCAAAAGGGUUUACUUGACUCUAUGUUGUGCUCUGAUUGCCUCUGCCUUUGGGGCUUAUCUUCAUAUAAUAUGGAACAUCGGUGGUUACCUCACGACAUUUGCAUGCUUUGGAGCCAUAAUUUGGCUCCACUCCCUCCCUCCUUAUCAAGAGCAAAAGAGGUUUUCUCUUCUGAUGGCAUCAGCUGUGUUUGAAGGGGCUUCAGUUGGCCCUUUGAUUGACUUGGCCAUUCAGAUUGACCCAAGUGUUCUGGUAGCUGCAUUUGUGGGAACAGCGUUGGCCUUUGCAUGCUUUUCAGGAGCUGCUAUGUUAGCAAGGCGCAGAGAGUACCUUUACCUUGGGGGCUUGCUUUCAUCUGGUGUGUCCAUGCUUCUGUGGUUGCAUUUUGCUUCCACUAUCUUUGGUGGUUCGACAGCCUUCUUUAUGAUUGAGAUCUACUUAGGACUCUUGGUGUUUGUCGGCUACAUGGUAGUGGACACACAGGACAUAAUUGAGAAGGCACACUUGGGUGACCUGGAUUAUGUGAAGCAUGCCUUGACCCUUUUCACUGAUUUUGUUGCUGUAUUUGUUCGCAUUCUGAUAAUCAUGUUGAAAAAUUCAGCCGAGAAGGAUGAGAGGAGGAGGAAGAAGAAGAGGAAUGACUAAAUCAUAAAGCAGUAGAUGGGAAAGGCUGCAAAUAUAUAACCUGUCAUGGAAAGCUGAAGUCGGCUGUUAAUGCAAGUUGUUUCCUUUUAUUUUUGUACUAAAAAACAUCGUAUGUUGAUAUACAGAAAGGGUAGGUCUUGCCGUUUCUGUUUCUCCUGGUGGCUUUUAUAUGAAACCUCUAAACUAAUGACACGUUUGAUAUUUGCUAUU